CUGUAAAGUGUACACAAAGAUGAUGAAUUUGCCGCUACAAUAUCGUUUUACCGCGCAAAAUCGUACCAAAGUCUUUGUGAWACUCGUGUGCGUGCGGGUGUGAGCUCCCGCUUCGAAUGGUGUACCACAAUACCGCUUACUGGUCAUUGAAUUUUGCCUCCAAAUCCACGGCAAACGUCUACCGCCGCAUUGUCCCKACUAUACGUAUCAUUUCCGCUCACCACUCGUYAGCUCACACUUCACAGUCACAACCGUAUCUCAUAUAUCGUUGUUCCUUGUCAUUUCACGUUUGACGUUUGACGUUUAUCCACCUCGRGUCGACGACUACUUCUGUCUUCUGCUCACCGUGCCUGCCUACUACAAUUUCGUACGAUCAUACUUAAUUUGAUUUCCGAUCAACGACAAUUUUUACAACCAUGAACAAGGAAAACGUAAUGGACAACUCGCAACAGCCACAGAUGACAAAUAAAAAUUUUUUGGACUCUGUGACUUCAUAUAGAGCAAAUUUUGAUGCCACAAUCGAGCCCUUAUUAAAAGAUAAUCCAAGACGUUUUGUUAUAUUCCCUAUUAUAUAUGACGAUAUUUGGGCUAUGUAUAAAAAACAAGAAGCCUCUUUUUGGAAUGUUGAAGAAGUCAAUUUGAAAAGUGAUCUUGAUGAUUGGAUUAGAUUGACUGAUGAUGAACGUCAUUUUGUAUCCCACGUAUUAGCAUUUUUUGCUGCUUCAGAUGGCAUUGUUAAUGAAAAUCUUGUUGAACGAUUUUCUCAAGAAGUUCAAGUAACUGAGGCUAGAUGUUUUUAUGGAUUCCAAAUAAUGAUGGAGAAUAUACAUUCAGAAAUGUAUAGCUUAUUAAUUGAUACAUAUAUUCAGGACCCAAAAGAAAAAGACUUUUUAUUUAAUGCCAUUGAAACCAUGCCAUGUGUAAAAAAGAAGGCAGAUUGGGCUCUUAAAUGGAUAAGUGAUAGCAAAGCAACUUUUGGUGAAAGGUUAGUUGCAUUUGCUGCUGUGGAAGGUAUAUUUUUCUCUGGAAGUUUUGCUGCAUUAUUUUGGUUGAAGAAAAGAGGAUUAAUGCCAGGAUUAACUUUUAGCAAUGAGCUGAUUUCUAGAGAUGAAGGUUUACAUACAGAUUUUGCCUGUCUCUUAUUUAAACACUUAAUUCAAAAGCCACCUCAAGCUGUUAUCACGCAUAUAAUUUGUGAAGCUGUGACUAUUGAACAAGAUUUUUUGACAAAUGCUUUACCUGUUAGAAUGGUUGGCAUGAGUUGUGAAAAGAUGGCCAUAUAUAUUGAAUUUGUUGCUGAUAGACUGUUAGCUGAAUUGGGUUGUCCUACAGUUUACAGAUCAUCAAAUCCAUUCCCAUUUAUGGAACUUAUAUCUCAACAAGGAAAGACAAACUUUUUUGAAAAAAGAGUAGGCGAUUACCAAAAAGCUUCAGUGGCUGUUGUUGAAAGUCCUCAAUUAUCAACAAUGGAAAUAACUAAUGAUGACUUUUAAAUUAGGUAUAUUCUUUAAGCGGCAGUAUUUCCUUUUAUUUAUGUACUUAUUUAUUCUGUGUUUCUCCCUCUACCACCCAAUGGGUACCAAUGGCACCCAUCAGAGGGUAAUUAGUUACUUUAUUUAAUCAAAAAGCACUAUAUGCACUCUGAAUAAUGUUUGUGAAUAGAAUUAUUUUGUCAAUGACUUAUGUUUGAUUAUAAGAAGACUUGAUUUUUAAAUUUUAUAGUAAAAAGAGAAGUAUUUGAAAUCUUAAUAAAUUAUUCUAUCAUGCUUUUCAUA